AUGGCAGCAAGCUUGGCGUAUGUGGACAACAACUUGGAGGUGACAGAGUUUCUCUUGAGUCUGGUGUUAGAGAGACGUUUGGAGACACCGUUGUCUGCAAAGUUCAACGAGUUCCGCUUGCUCUCGUUCAUGAAGAGCAUGGAGUUACGUCUGCUACCAACAGAGAUCCGUUUCCUUAUUGGAGACUUCUCAAUUGGCUUCUCUGCCUUUGAACGCUGGAACGAGACUGGACGAUUGGAUGCAGUUCCUGCACUGAAGUUGCGCAUAGAGGAACGCUUCUUCUGUGGAGAACUGGUACCGCUGGAGGCUGGAGUCACCGGAGUCACUUUCGAAAUCACUGACGAGGAUCGAACAAGGGUCUGCGUUUGGUCGCUAUGGUCAUGA